AAAAGAACAAGAAGAAGACAAUCAAUUUUCUGACUCAAGCCUCACUUCAAAUGUUACAUCUCUAUGCUUUACACAGUAUUUGGAGCGGAGAUCAAUGACAAAAAUGCAGAAAGGGGCAGACGGUAGGCCUACGCGCACCAGCUUUAUCUCACGUAGCGAGGGUUUGAGGCCGCCUCAACACAUAGAAAGCGCGAGGCACCGGGUCGAAGUUAACUCAAAGACAGAUGAAAUGACUCAGCAUAUUGAAAUGACGAGUCACAGGAAAGCAUGUAUCGACCUGGAGAAGGCUACCAAAUUCAUCACAGAAGUAUUACAGCAUGAGGUAGUUAGGAACCGGGAGCUCUGCAUGUUGAUCUGCCGCCUGGAGGAGAAGGAAGUGGAGACUGGGCGGAGCCUAAUGGAGCAGGCGGAGUCAAACAAACAGCUGUGGUUGGAGAUCAGUGCACUAAAGAAACAGCUGAAGGCUAAAGACAACGCUCUCUCAGAGGCCAAUCAGACUGUGGCGUUCCUGAAGAAUGAACUAAAGGAUCUGCAUCAACAACAGCAGAUGAAUCACUGGUAUACUCACACAUACACACACACACCAGCCGACCAGCUGACACCAGCUCAGGAGUCACUGGUCUGGUCAGAACCACUGGUCUCACCUGACGCCCAGAGUCCGCUGGUCUCAUCUGCGGGUCAGAGAAUUGUGGAGGCUCUAGUGUCUGGUGUUAAAGAAGAAUAUUCUGCUGAUGCUGGUGGAUAUGAAGAGAGCCAUCAUUCUGUGGAGGCAGUUGAUCCCAAAUCAGAACUGACCUUCUCUGCUGCAGCGGAGGCAGUUGAUCCCAAAUCAGAACUGACCUUCUCCUCAGCUGCAGACAUUAAAACUGAAAUUAUACAGGGAGACGAAGAAAUGUCAACAGUGGCUCCGGUCUUCAGUUCUGAGUCGGACCAGUCUUCUCCAGACCCUGCGUCUCUGGCCCAGUUAAGGGGCGUGUCCGUAGUGCUGGUGGACUGCUGUAGAACACAAGAACAACAAGGGAAGGACGACGAGAACCUCAGAGAUGGAGAAGAACCCAAAAACAGAAAUGGAUCAUCUCUGUCAUCGUCAGCUAUUGCAGCGUUCCCCUCCAUCUCCGAGACCCCGACUCCUGAGAUGGACAGGUCCAAACCUUCCUUCUGUUCUGUGCGUGGCCAGACCUUCCCCUCCCAGUCUCCUCUCCGACGACCUCCUCAUGUUCACAAACGAAAGCGCCCUCUCUCCUGCCCUCAGUGUGGCAAGACCUUCCUUCACGCAGCGACGCUCCACGCACACCAGCGCGUUCACACCGGACGCUCGCACCACUGCACUUACUGUCCGAGAAACUUCCUCAGCGAGUGGGAUCUGAAACGGCACCGGCGCAUUCACACAGGAGAACGGCCCUAUCACUGUGCUCAGUGCGGCAAGAGCUUCACUCGGAAGGAUAACCUCCAAUCGCACCAGCGUAUUCACCUAGAGGAGAGAACAUAUCUCUGCUCUCACUGUGGGAAGGGUUUUACUCGUGAAGAUUACCUUAAAAAACACCAGCGUAUUCAUACAGGAUAAAUCUUCAAUAGACCAAUUUCACAGUGUCCAGGUGUCCGGCCUCAUUGAUGUUAAUGAUACCUUAAUUGGCAGGGUAAAACGUCUUCCUGUUUCUGUCUUUCCUGUUUCUGUCUUUCCUGUGGACUUUUCUUUUGCUGUCUAUGGGACAGUGCGCUUCCACAGGAAGUUGAUUUACACAGCGGCCCCAUCUUGUGAAAUAGGCUAAUUGAGAGCAUCACCUCCGACACCACACGGGGAAAUGAUUCAGGCCCAGUGUGGAUUUUAGCUGCAAAGCUAACAAGGCUGUUUUCAAGGUCGCAGGUGUUAAAGGAGAUUUCUGCCAAUUUUUCUUUUUUUUUUACACUCUGGGGGCAUGUUCAUGGGGCAGCUACAGUGCUACACUCUGGGGGCAUGUUCA